AAACAAAGUUUCACGGCAAAUAUCUGAAGCAUCUCACCGAGCAGGAGCUCCAUCGCAGCCUGUAAAUGAGGCAGAGUGAUAGUUCAUGAAGCUUACGGGAAUUUCCAAUGGCAGCGCGUAUUGUCUGGUUGCAGUCAAACUUAGAGACAAAACCCCCUCAAAGCCGUCCCCUCUGAGCUGGACCCAGUCAUUGUUUAUUGUGUUCAGCGGUUCCAGAUAAAGCUCCAUUUUCAGCGGGCACUGACGCAGCACAUCGGCUGGGCCUGUCAUUUACCUGCGUUUUCUCCAAAUACACCAGCGCUCGUUGAAGAGAUGGAUCUUUGCUGGCCUGAAGUCAGUGUCCCCCUGAUCCUAAUGUUGAAGAGGAGCGUCUGUCUGCAUCAUGAGGACUGCAGGGCUGCUGUUUUUUGUGGCGCUGUGUGCGCUGAGCGUCGCAGCUUCGUUGAAAAUCUGCGCCUUUAACGUUCAGAGCUUUGGGGAAUCAAAGGCAAACAACAGGAGGGUCAUGGAGAUCCUACUGAAGGUUAUGUCUCGGUAUGACGUGUGCCUCAUUCAAGAGGUCAGAGACUCAAAAGGAGAAAUAAUAAAGGCUUUGGUUAAAGAUCUUAACAGAUUUGACAAAUCUAACUCCUACUCUUAUGUGGAAAGUGAAAGGCUGGGGAGGAAGAGCUACAAGGAGCAGUAUGUCUAUAUUUACAGGAACAACGUCCUAAAGGUCAAGGAGCUUUACCAGUAUCCUAAGCUGGCAGAAGAGGGGAACAAUGAAACCGAUGUUUUCUCCAGGGAGCCUUUUAUCAUCCGCUUUCACUCUCCUACUACAUUGGUGAAGGAUUUUGUCCUAAUCGGACAGCACACGUGUCCAAAAACUGCCCUGAAGGAGAUCGAUGAGCUGUACACCGUCGUCAAAGGGAUUUACAAAAAGUGGAAGACAGAUAAUGUGAUGAUACUGGGGGACCUGAACGCCGGCUGCAGCUACGUCACCAUCAAAGGCUGGAAGGCCGUGCGCUUGAGGAGCGACCCCAGAUUUCACUGGUUAAUUGGAGACGAGGAAGACACCACUGUCAGGGAGAAGACGCACUGCGCCUACGACAGGAUCAUCGUGCAUGGACAGGAGAUGAGGUCCGGCAUCGUGCACGGUUCAGCUCAACCAUUCAACUUUAAAGAGAAAUAUCAUCUCACAGAGGCAGAGGCCCUUGAAGUUAGUGACCAUUUUCCUGUGGAAGUUGACCUGAAGCCCAGCCACCGUUACCUCCUCCGAAAUGAGCUGUAGAUCACUCCAGAUGGACACUAAAAUCCUCCUCUUUUUUUUCUUUUACAAUUUGUUUAACUCUGUUAUAAUCAAUUAAAUCAAUAAACAGAA